AUGUCUUUUUUCACCGCUCUCACCACUAGGACUUUCUCCAGCUCGGCUAGAAUGGCAGCUGCAAUUAAGAAUGUUACCGUCAUCGGAAGUGGCUUGAUGGGCGCAGGAAUUGCUCAGGUGGCAGCCCAAACUGGCCACACAGUGACCAUGGUUGAUAUUGACAAGGCAGCUGUGGAUAAGGCUGAAAAGAGAAUUGCUGCAUCAAUUCAAAGGGUUGCCAAGAAGAAAUUCAGUGGCGAUGAAGGUGAAGCAACCAAGUUCAUCUCGGAAGCAAUUGGCCGCCUGAAUACUUCCACAGAUGCAGUUGCCUCUGUGGGCUCGGCUGACUUGGUUGUAGAGGCUAUUGUGGAGAACAUUGGGGUCAAGCAGAAGUUGUUUAAGGAACUAGAUCAGGCUGCUCCAGAGCACACCAUUUUUGCAUCCAAUACCUCAUCCCUUCCUAUUGGCAAGAUUGCUGAGGUUACAGAUAGGAAGGACAGGUUUGGCGGCCUGCAUUUCUUCAACCCUGUGCCAGUUAUGAAGCUCUUGGAGGUGGUGCGGAUCCCAGAAACUUCUCAGGACACAUACGAAGCCAUGUGUGUGUGGGGAAAGAACAUGGGCAAAGUGACUGUCGAAUGCAAAGACACACCUGGAUUUAUUGUCAACCGCUUGCUGGUGCCUUAUAUGUUUGAAUCUGUUAGGAUGCUAGAGAGAGGAGAUGCAAGUGCCAGAGAUAUUGAUGUAGCUAUGAAGCUUGGUGCUGGCUACCCCAUGGGGCCAUUUGAGCUCAUGGAUUACGUUGGUCUUGACACUGGAAAGUUCAUUAUUGAUGGUUGGGCUAAGGAAUACCCUGAGAACCCACUCUACCAGCCUUCUGAACUUUUGAACAAGAUGGUUGCAGAAGGCAAGCUUGGUGUAAAGUCUGGAGAAGGUUUUUACACUUAUAAGAAGUAAAGAAAGCAAGACUAGCUUUGCCCGGAAAUUGGCAAAUGAGUGAUGUAAGGAGAAAGGAAGAGCACUCAUUUGAAGUUGUCCUGAAUACUGAAGACAGAAUAUUCUGUUAUGCAUUUUUCUUUGCAAUACUAAUAGUCAUGAAUCUGUACGGAAUAUUAAUAUUUUUCUCUUAUAAGAUCUAUAUGCACAUCAAUGCAAUAUUGUUAAUACUGUAUUUGUACGUUUAAAAAUAAAAAAAUAUUUUCUA